CAUGGAGGAGGCCGUUCCUGGGCUGAGAUUUGAAGUAGGCCUGAGCUGAGCGGGAGGCAGAGGGCACAAGGAUCCCUGGCAGAAACAAAUGGCGUGCGUGCUGUCAGAGACUCAUGUCCGCAGUUCUGAGAAGCAGGCGAAGCUGCUUGUGAAAGGGCACUGCCGCUUCCUCAUUCUGCUCUCUGUUUCCUCCCGACGUGGCACAAAUAAAUAGGAAGCGCCUAAGGCUCACUGCUGCCUGGAGGCUCCCGAAGGAGGCUGCCUGGACCCGCUGCAGAGGUGAGGCUCCCUGCUACAGAGCUGAAGUCAGGCAGCAACACAGAACCCCAGGACAAUGAGGACGCCACCCUGCUCAUAGCUACAGCCACUCUGGGCAGCCACCUGAAGUCUCAGAAUGGAGCAGCAGAUGUCACUGGCCUGGGGAUUGCUCUACAUGACCCUGCUGGCUCUCUGCAGGAGACCUGGUGUGACAGAGGCACAAGAAACUGUCCCUCUGCAGACUCUGCAGUGCUACAAUGACUACACCAGACGCAUCAUCUGCAGCUGGGCGGACACGGAAGAGGCCCAGGGCCUCAUUAACUUGACGCUCUACCGCAAGCUAGAAAAGGACUCUCCAGUGUCCUGCGACCUCAGUGAGGACCUGUUGUGGAGAAAGUGUCCGUCCCCCCACCGUUGUGUGCCCAGAAGGUGUGUCAUCCCCUACACACGGUUCAGCAUUGCAGAUGAAGACUUCUACUCUUUCCAGCCAGAUCGGGAUGUGGGCGUCCAGCUCGUGGUUCCAUUGGCCCAGCAUGUGCAGCCCCCGCCUCCCAAGGACAUCAACAUCAGUCCCUCUGGGGACCACUUCCUGCUGAAGUGGAGCGUGCCCCUUGGGGAUGCCCGGGUGUCCUGGCUGUCACAAGAGGACUUAGAGUUUGAGGUGUCUUACAAGCGUCUUCAGGACUCCUGGGAGGAUGCACCCAGCCUCCACACCAGCAACUUGUGGGCCACUCUGGAGCCAAAGCUGCUCCUACCCAGCAACACCUAUGUGGCCCGUGUGCGCACUCGGCUGUCCCCAGGCUCAGCCUUGACUGGGAGGCCCAGCAGAUGGAGCCCAGAGGUGCAGUGGGACUCCCAGCCAGGGGACAAGGCCCAGCCUCAGAACCUACAGUGCUUCUUCGAUGGCAUCCAGUCCCUCAACUGCUCCUGGGAGGUGAGGACCCAGAUGACAACCUCUGUUUCCUUUGGGCUCUUCUACAGCUCCAGCCCAGCUGCUCCGGAGGAGGAAUGCUCGCCGGUGGUGAAGGAGCUGCAGGAUAGCGUCUGCACCCGCUACCACUGCAGUCUGACUGUGCCCAACCCCAGCUCGCACAGUCAGUACACAGUCUCUGUUCAGCUGCGGAAACAGGGGAAGCUCAUCAGGAGCUCUUCACACAUCCAGAUGGACCCUCCAACUCUCAAUGUGACUAAGGAUGGGGACAGCUACAACCUGCGUUGGGAAACUAAGAAAAUGCCCUAUCCUCACAUCGAGCAUAAAUUCCAGGUCCAAUACAGGAGGAAAAUUGACAGCUGGGAGGACACCAAGACACAGAACCUAGAUCGUGCCCACAGCAUGGUGCUGCCACAGCUGGAGCCAUCCUGCACCUACGUGGCCAGGGUGAGGGUCAAGACCCUCCCUGACUACGAUGGGAUCUGGAGUAAUUGGAGCAAAGAGCACACCUGGACCACCGAUUGGGUGAUGCCCACGUGGGGGAUGGUCAUCAUCCUGGUGCUCCUCAUCCUCAUCUUGCUCCUGGCCUUCCGCUGUGGCUGUGUCUACGGGUACAGGCUGUACAGGAAGUGGAAAGAGAAAAUCCCCAACCCCAGCAAGAGCCUCCUGUUCCAGGACGGAGGUAAAGGACUCUGGUCUCCCGGCAGCAUGGCAGCCUUUGCCACCAUGAGCCUUACUCUCCAGGGGCCACGGAGCAACCUUUUCGCUGAGACACAGGGGGUGCCAUGUGCACAUUUGGGGGACAAUGAAGUGUCACCUCUCACCAUAGAGGACCCUAAAAUUGUCCAAGAUCCACCACCCGGGCCUGACACAACUCCAGCUGCCUCACCUGAACUCGUGGAGCAGACUUCCGAUGCCCCGCGAGACCCGCCAACCCCUUCUGGCAGACCUGAGGACCAGACACCCAGCUUUGACUUCAAUGGUCCCUACCUGGGGCCUCUCCAGACCCACUCCCUGCCUGAUCUCCCAGGCCAGCUGGUGAACCCCCAGACGGGUGGGAGCCCCAAGCCAGCACUGCCAGGCUCCCUGGAGUACCUGUGCCUGCCCCCUGGGGGACAAGUGCAGCUGGUCCCACUGUCCCAGGCCCUGGGCCGGGGCCAGGAUGUGGAUGUGGAAUGUGAAUCUAGUCUGGGGGCCACGGAGAGCCCCUCCACGGAACCGAGGGACAGCCCUUCACUUGAGCUGACGGUGGGAGGACAGGGGCCAAAGGACAAUCCAGUGACUCUGCCCAUAGGCUCUGGGGACCCUGAGGACCCUGUGGUGGCCUCCGGUUAUGUCACUCCUGCAGAUCUGGUGCUCACCCUGCCCACAGGGCCCCUGCCUAUCUCUCUGUGCUCCCCUCGAGGGCUCCCCUCAGCCCAGGGUCCCUGUCUCUGUCUCAAGCUGCCUGGGGUCCCUCCUGGAAGCCCAGCUCUUCCAGCAUCAGAAGUUGAUGACUAUGUGGAGCUCCCUCCAAGCAUGAGCCAGCCCCGCAAGUUCCCCCUGGGCAGUCCUGUCCCUCCUGUGCCCAGCAGCCCCACAGUGAGCCCAGGAGAGCAGAGGGAGGAGGUAUCCCCAGGGUCCCCACACCCCGAAGGUCUCCUUGUUCUUCAGCAGGUGGGGGACUACUGCUUCCUCCCCGGCCUGGGGCCUGGCUCCCUCUCUCCACAUAGCAAACCACCUUCUCCAGGCCUGUGUCCUGAGAUUGUGGGUCUAGACCAGGAUCUGUCUGUCAAGAAGCCUCCUUGCCAGCCCAUGCCCCAGGUACCAGCCAUUCAGUUUUUUAAGUCCCUGAAGCAUCAGGACUACCUGUCACUGCCCCCUUGGGACAGCAACCAGCCUGGGAAGGUAUGCUGAGGGCACUGCGUCCCAGUCUCAACAGCAGCCCUGCACCUCAGCCUGUGAACCUCACAUCUCCACAGAAGCCCAGAGGCUCCCUGGAUGGGAUGCAGUCUUCUCUGCUCUCAGCCCUGACCUGCAAGCAAUACCCUUCCCCCACUCUGGUUUCCUGGCUUUUGUAGGAUCUCACCUCCCUCCCUCUGCCUUGUUGCAGAAGGGAUGGGGCCAGAGAGGCCUCUGAGGGUGAGAUCUGCAUGGUCUGUUUAGGGUUUGAGGACUGCCAUGGGCUGCUUCUCCCCCUCAAAUCAUGACAUAAUUCUGGCUCAGCGCAGGGGGCCGGAGGCUCAAGUGGAUACCUUGAGGGUCAAAAUUGGAAAAUAGGACAGCUCAUGCCACUCCAAGAAGGAAGCUCCUGGGUAGACCCGAGGGUCUUUUCAAGGGGCCUGUGUGCCCUCGUUAUGUAGAGAAGUCACUGAUGUGGGCAAUGCUGGCUAGUGGCCGUAGUUGCGGCCAUGCUCGGGGGGGGGGGUGAAAAGCAAUAGAGGGCUGAACGUUAAGAACUCAUGGUGUCAACUGCAGAAAAGCCGGGUUUAAAUCCCUGGCAGGACCAGGGCAUGGUGACCACACAGGGCAGCCCAUCAAAGACUUGGUCUGUACAUCAGGGCUGCUCUCCCCCCAGCAUGCCUGGAUACCUGCAGCUCCCACUGCCCUCUAGUGGGGGCCUGCUGUGCGAUUGUGGCACUUGGAAAUGACUACCCUGUCGACACUCCGGGCACAGUGGCAUCACAUCAUUCCAUCUCGCUUGCAUUCUUUUCUCCAGGCCAGGUUUGCACACAGCUGCUGUAUACAUCUGGAGUACAGACUUUUUUGUUGUUGCUGGGGAGGAGGGCUUGGGGGCUGAGCCCACGAACGAUUUUGUCAAUCAUAGUGUCAUCUUUUCUGAUAAGGCUGUACAACUCUCUCCACGUGGCCUUUUGUUGGGCACUCAUGUCUCAGCUAAACACGCUCUCUCCUAGUUUUGUGCAGGAGGCACAAUGGCACCCUCGGCACAUAUGUGUCUGCAUCGCUGUGAGACGAAUCUCCGAGCUGAACCCCUCUUGGUUGCAAUAUUUGAGGCGGCCUUUGCAGCAAACACACAUGUGCCUACGUUCAUAUUCUUUCUGGUUCUCUUUGUGUCUCAAGCUUUGCACAGGAGGUUUUCACUUUUCUAGAGCACGUGCUCACACCGCAGAGAUCUGUCCCUGUAAACUGCAGCAAAGAAAAUCACUAACCACAGCCGGGCAUCGGUGGCGCACGCCUUUAAAUCCCAGCACUCGGGAGGCAGAGGCAAGUGGAUCUCUGUGAGUUCAAGGCCAGUCUGGUCUACAGAGCAAGUUCCAGGACAGCCUCCAAAACAGUACAGAGAAACCCUGUCUCGAAAAACAAAAACAAAAACAAAAAAGAAAGAAAGAAAAGAAAAAGAAAAAAUAAAAUUGCUAACACCUUGAAUGUGUGUCAGUGGGCAGUGUUCACAAUAGCCUGUCAGUACAUUCUAUUGUGGACUCCCCAGGGAAACAAGCAAGAAGUUCCUCCAUGUAUUAAGACAUUGACUCCAAAACGCCUUUCAUUGAGAGGAACACUGUAAUAAAAUAUGUGUAGCAUAUCA